AUGAUCAAGCCAUUCGGGAUUCUAGCGUCGGACCCCGAAUACGCGAGGACAGGACACGAGUUCCAUAUCUGCUUUGACCGUUGCGACCCACGUGUUGUGUUGACCACUUACACGCUUCCUCCAACUAGUGGGUGCGUUUGGCGCCACCAGUUUACGGACGAACUCAUCAGCAGCUCGCCACAGCACGUGCCAGAACCACCGGAGUCUCCUGUUAAGCAGAGUUUCUUACAUGCCCAGAAUGUUGCAUCUGGCGCGCCAUAUCCUCUCUCACGGACUUCAGCCACCAGUUCCUCAUACCAAAGCAACUUUCUUUUAUGCUCCUCUUCAAUCCCUUCUUCCUAUGCUACUGUCAGUUCGCCAAACAACAGAUGUUGCUUCUCAAUAUCAACUAAAACCAGAACUGGUCUCAGACCAGAUACAAUGACCUUCACUGGCAGUGUAGCAUCAACCAACACUCUCCAUUUCCUUGUGUUUUCCGACCUGGUCUUCUGCCUUGUGACAGAAACACCUUGCUUCAGGAAGGCUACCCUUCGCAGGUUCAUCGAGGGUAUGCUAGCAUUUCUUUCAGCUGCUGCCACGACCUCCAGAACCAAGAUAUGUCUGAAGGUAAACCAGCCAUUCUGUAGCGCCAUUGGAUAG